CUGUGUGAUUCAGAUUAUGUCGGCUUUACAGCUCGACACCUUCAUCAACGUAUCGUUGAACAUAAAAACUUUGCGAUCGGUAAACCACUGACUUUUCGACAGCCCGUGGGAAUACAAACCUCCCCAAAGAAAGCCAAUUCCGCAUUCUAAAAAAUUGCCAAGGAAAAUUUGACUGUCUUAUCUUUGAGAUGCUUUUCAUCAAGCAGCGCAAUCCUAGUCUCAACACCCAGACCGAUUCCAUUCGCGCAAAACCCUUUGUUUAA